CUGUUUGGAAGGGGAGACUGACGAGAAUAGGAUUACUGCAGACAGACAGAUGGACACACGAGCCAACGGAGACAGACCCACAGACACAAAGGCAGGCACUCAGCAGACAGGCACAUAGGCACGCUGCGGAUGAUCACCCAAGGAGCCACACAAAGACACUGAGGCGCUCAAGAGGCUCAGAUAACACACAGAGAGACAAGCACACACACAGCUAGCUCCCUGCUGGUCAGUUUCACGCUCGCCCCAGACAGCUGUGCUUGCCUCUGUGGUGGGCCUCCCCCUGUCUCCUCCUUCUCAGCAACCUCCAGCUGCGCGAAACUUCCCAUCGGCUGCCCUGGAGGAUCCCAGAAUAGCCACAACAACAUCCUCCUCCUUCCUCCCAGUCCAAAGGCGAGCCGGAGAAAGGGGGAGGAAGAAACAAGGCGGGGGAGCAGGGGUGGGCAAAAAUGGGAAAUGGAAGUUGGAGUUGAUUGGUGCUGCUGAGAGGCUGAUGAUCGCAUCUCAGGGUAGGGAGGGGGAGGAGGAGUGGAGCUGGGGGAAAGCUUGCACACCCGCCCGCCCAACCUCAGUUGCCGCUGGUUCUGCUUUGAUGCAAAGGAAUGAAGAGGGGUUUCCUGAGGGGAGAGCGUGUGGUUGAUCCGAGGUGUGUUUGCUGGUGGCUGCAGACCUGCCGCCCUCUUUCCUCCCCAUGCGGGCGCUUUCCCCCAGAGGCUCUGAGUCCUGGUUGCUCCUACUGCGGGAUGGAGACGCAUGCUUUCUGGCUAGUGCAACUUUUCCUUUUCGCGCUGUGGGAGAAUGAACGGACUGAGGACUACUCUUCCUGUACCUCCAACAAUUACACACAGUUCUCACCAGAGACACUAACAGUUAAUGGUCUAAUGACACUUGGAUUUACAGGUGCACAUCAACAAGUGAUCGUCUGCAAUGAAUCGCUCAUGUUAGAAAAGUUGCCCAGAUGUGGAAAAUCCUUUGAAGAGAUGAUGAAGAAAGUGGACUCUAAAAAAUGGUGCAACCUAACAGAAUUUAUCCCGAUAACCCUUACCUCAGGACCACAGAAAACUUCACAUGUAAGACAAAUUUGGAUAGAAAAGGGAUUAACAAAACAAAGAUAUAAUACAGGACGAUAGACUGGCCUCCUUCGAUUUUAUGUACAACAAAUAUCAGCUACCGCUAUCCCACAGUUCCUUCUUUCAGCAGCUAUGCUCAAAGAUUCAAAUAGGGAUAGGGGACAAUUGGUCUGUUUCAACUCUCUCACCUCUAGAAGAACAUGUUAAGAAACAUGGAAACAAAAGUCGCUUUGUAGGAAUUACUUAUAGGUGGUUUACUGCUUCGCAUUACCCUCCCAAUCUCAGUCUCAAAGAAAAAUCAGAAAGUUAACUUAGCCUUACUAUCACAACAGAAACCUGUGGCGAUAUCCUGCUUAAUGUGAAAUAUACUUCAAAUGCCUUAUUCUUGCGAUUCUUCCAGAACAAGAUAAUAAACAGGUAUUACUGAACACCAGAAUAUUUGUUUAAAGCUAGAUUGGGAACACAUAGUGAAUGCUGGAAAUGCAAAAUGCCCCCAUGCCAACCUUUCAUACAUCCUCUAUACCUGUCAAAAAUGCAUGUGUUCUGGAAUACCGUAUUCAGUGCUCUCUCAACAACAUUGUGUUGCUAUUUUUUCCUUCUUCAACCUUAUGUAUGUUAUGGGUGCUGAAUGAGUUGGUAUUACCAGUUAAAAAAUGGAUUGCAGUAACUAUUUUAGUGGCCCAAAUAGUUAUUUUGAGAAAAUGGAAAUCUGCAAUUCCUACCUCAUACACAGACUGGCUUAGUGAACUCUCUACUACUGCCUUAAUGGAAACAAUGACUCUGUCUAAUAGAAAUGCUUGGGAAAAAUAUGAAGAUGUCAGGUCACACAUGAAACUAUUGCAUGCUUUUUGCAGUUUAGUAUAUAUUAGUCCCCAACACUCAUAGGUUAUGUUCUCACUUAUUUAUCUAUUUAAUCACUUCAACAAUUGAUGGACCUCUACAGGGUCAGAGUUUUGCUUGUUUGUUUUGUUUUUGUUUUUUUCCAGGUUUUACAAAUAAUGAACACUGAAUUUUGUUAUUUAUAUGGUAUUUCAAUCUUGUGCAUGAUUACAUAUGUUUUGUUUCAUUAUGUUGUUUGUAUUUUAUAUAAAAACAAUAUAAAUAAAGUUUAAAAAAGAAGAAAAUGCUAUAUGUAUGCAUUUCUUGUUGGCUGGCAGCUAUGGUAGGAGCAAAGAUACAUUUGUGUACAUGGCAUGUCAUUAGUAACAGUUUCAAUAAUAAUGUGUACCAUAAAAGUGGAAUUUAUAAAAGGUUUUGCUAAAUUAGAAGUCUUUAUUUAGUAGCGGAUAUAAUCAAAUCUCGCUUUAUUACUCUCAGUCAUAGCUACUGGUUCAUCCUGGACUGGAUAUCUCUACGCACAAAUACGUUUGAAAGUUUAUGAAUAAACUGGGUAUUUUCCAAGUCAGUCUUACCUCAGCACAGGUAGUUGUCAUAUUCUCUACUGCUGUCAUUCCCAGAAGUACUCAUGCUAAAGUGG